AUGGUUGCUGCGGCUCAGACGAGAUUUCAUCUUCUUCAUGAACUGUCGACCCCCAGCUUAGCAUCGCCGAUUCCUCUCCUCGCGUCAUUGCUGAAGAUGUUUGUAAAGGAAGAGAAUGGUGAAGAGAGCGUUGUAACAGUCAGGUUGUAUGGCCCAAACACCGAUUAUAUCAUCAACCACAUGAGGGUGCCAAAGCUGGCUGCUAAAAUUGCAAAGGAACUCUGUAGGUUUCAUGCGGUCGAAAUUCCAGGGUCCAAGGAACCUCAGUUAUGGAAUGAGAUUUCCAAGUUCUAUGAGAGUGGUACUAUGACCUGUAAUGUCUGCAAUUUGAUGAUGCUGAGAAACAAAGAACAUAUCAGACGAUAUCCUUUAAAGAACUUCAUGGUGAAGUCAUUGAAAUCAAGUCCUUCCCCCUUAGGGCUUCUGUUAACUGUUGAUCAUACAGUUACGGAGGUUUCGACAUUGGGAAUCACUUCAACGAGUAUCCUAGUAAAGAAGAACAAAGAUCAUAUCUUCAUGCAUUACUUAGAACUUGAUAAGCCUGAUGAGGUAUCUUCCAAGGAGCUUGAAGUGCUUUACAUAGAUUCAAACGCGUUCAUGCUAGCUUCACACAUUGUCUGGGCCCUCUGGGCACUAAUCCAAGCGACGAUGCCGCCCAUCAAUUUCGAUUACCUAGGUUACUUCUUCCUGUGCUACAACAAGUACAUAUCGAAGAAGGAAACAAACUGUUUGUUGGCCCUAGCAUACCUCUCAGGAUUGAACAAAGCCUAG